AUGGCUACCUCCUUUGAGAAGUCGGUGAAGGCAUGUCUGCUCCUCCAGUUGUGCGAAGCAUUCUCUGGCAAAGAUAUGAAUUGCGGGAUGGGAGCAACCAAGGUUAAACUUGCGGCCCCGAAAUCCAAAUAUGUCGAGCACAUUCUUGUCGCGACUCAUGCGGGCGAAGCUGGUAUUGCGGAGGUUUUCCGGGCGCUAAAUAACCGGGUCAAGGAUCAAACAUGGACGGUUGCUCAGGAACAAGGGAGAAAUAUCAGGCAUUACUCUCAAUAUUUACUCGAGAGGGCAAGGACUUAUGGAGACGUCAAAACAGACUAUGUGAGGAGUGGUGAGGGCAGAUUAAGAAAGCUAAGUAUUGAAAAGGGGCUUUUGCGGGAGGUUGAGUGCGUCCAGGCGCAGAUUAAGGCGUUGUUGAAAUGCACAUUCCUGGAAACAGAUGUUGACAAUGAGAUUUCUUUGCUAGCUUUCAGAUUGCUAGUUAUGGAUCUCCUGGUUUUGUUCCACGUUGUGAACGAAGGCGUUAUAAAUGUCCUGGAACACUACUUUGAAAUGUCGCGCAUUGAUGCAGAGCGUGGUUUGGAGAUUUACAAGACAUUUACCAAGCAAACUGCAGAUGUUGUAGAGUAUCUGCAGCAAGCAAGAUCAGUAGAAACAGCUACCCGUCUUCAGAUUCCCAAUCUCAAACACGCUCCUACAAGUCUUACUUCCUCAUUGGAAGAAUAUCUACAAGACCCUGAAUUCGAUUCUAAUAGACGGAAUUAUCUCGCUACCCAGGAAGCAAAGAGAACUGGGAAACCAACUCCUGCGACUGUCAAACCAAGCUCGCCGCCCCCGCCCAAGGCUACUGAUGCACAAGGCUUCCCAGCUGCCGCGGCGCCUAGGGCAGCUGAGUUGGAGACACCAACAGCCGAGUUAGAUGCAACAGCACCCAGGGCUGUUGCUCCAGAUCUUAUUGAUUUUUUUGAGUCCAUUGAAUCAGAACAAACUCCUAUGUUUGGAAAUCAGCAGGAUGUAUCCCAGAUGCAAAAUCAAUAUGCUCAGCAGUCCGAUGCAGCUUUUAUGGCAGGGCAGUCAUCUUUUAUGGCACAGCAACAAUUUCCUUCUCAAACAGGAGCAGCAUACCCUAUGGUGUACCAGGCCCAAAACCCUUACGCACAAGCUCAACAAGUUCCGGCCCCAAUGAUGCAGGCCGGCUCUCCCCAACAAGUUCAAACAAACUUCACAGGGGCCGGUUUUGGUGGUUACACCCCAUCGGAUCAAACCGCGGUUUCUGCUCCCCCGAUGCCGGCACUUCCACAUCAAUUUUCCCAGCAAACCUCUACCUUCACUCCGCCUCAGAAUCAUUCCCCAACCUUGAGUCUCUCUACGGGUCAUACGGGUCAAACGGACACUAAUCCCUUUCGCCAGUCCAUGAUGAUGACUGGCUCUGUUACCUCAAACCAAUCUGUUAGUUCAUACGCUACAUCACCCCCUACUCAGAAAUCCACCAACCCUUUUGCGAGGGCUGCAUCUCAAACAUCGCCCACCAGUUUGACUGCUUCAGCUCCUGCAUUUCCCAUUUCUACGCAAUCAACAUCGUCGUACAAUCCGCAGUCUCAGCAGUCCAUGCCACUUUCUCAGCAACCCACCGUCCGUUCGAUGCCAACCGGUACCAACCCAUUUGCCCGUAAUCUUGCUGUUAGUCCGAACCCAACCGGCUCUUCCGCCGCCUCUGCAGCAUUAUCGAUUCCCUCGACAACGGGUGGUACCAACCCAUUUAGACAAUCCAUGAUGGUGCAGCAACAGCAGCAGCAACAGCAAGCUCAAAUGAAUGGAAACUUUUCUGGGCAGACUGGGAGUAUGGGUGGCUGGGAAAAUCUUGAGACCAUUCCGAUCUUUCCUCGAACUAAUAAUUCUGGCUAA